GGCGUCGAACCACGUCGGAUCUACGAAAAUGAAGUACAAUCGGCUGGUGUCCUCCUCGCGCAGGAAGAACAGAAAGAGGCAUUUCACGGCGCCUUCUCACAUCAGACGGCGGCUCAUGUCCGCGCCGUUGUCCAAGGAAUUACGACAAAAGUAUAAUGUGCGGUCGAUGCCAAUUCGCAAGGAUGACGAAGUGCAGGUUGUACGUGGCCACUACAAGGGUCAACAAGUAGGAAAAGUUGUCCAAGUUUACAGGAAAAAGUUUGUUAUAUACAUCGAGCGAAUUCAGCGCGAGAAGGCAAACAGUGCAAAUGUAUACGUCGGCAUUGAUCCUUCCAAGACAGUUAUUGUUAAGCUAAAAAUGGAUAAAGAUCGUAAGAAGAUUAUCGAUAGGCGAAGUAAAGGCAGAUUGGCCGCAUUAGGCAAAGAUAAGGGCAAAUAUACAGAAGACGUGACAGCUGCUAUGGAAACAUCGUAAAUUUUGAUAUUUUCUUGUGUUUAUUUACAACAAUAAAAUGUCAAA